CCCAGAAGGACCAAAUCCAAAGCUGAAAUAUUCCAGAAUGCGCACCUCCGUGUUACUCCUAGGUGCUUCUUCGGCACUGGUAGCUGCCCGCAUCGAUCCAUAUAUGAUGUAUGGCGUACCUAUAGGGGGCUUGGACAUCGAUGACGAAAGCAUCGUGAUCAGCACGGGCACCACAGUGGAAUCUGACGACAGCACUGGCGCCUUCAAUAGCACACAGCCGGCGAUCCCGACAGCUGCUCCAACGUUACCCAGCACUCCAGGCCUCGCCGAACCGUGUGCUGUGGUCAGCAGUGCAGUGAAAGCGAUUCCUUCCGGCAGUCGCAAGAUUAUCCCCGCAGAACUUGGGAUCCAAUGUUUGCGAUCAGUGCCCCUCGACAAACAAGGAAAUGUGCAGCUUUUGGAGGACUUGAAAAUCUAUAUCCAAUGGCAAAGUAACCUUGCUUAUUUGAAGAACCCACCAGCCGAAUACACGGAGUCGCCUGUUGAUCUGAUGGCUGAGAUUGAAAGCAUGAAGAGACAGUUGUCUGACAAUGGUUAUAACAAUGAAUACGAAUUUCAGCUAGAUCUGAACCGGCUAUUCAACAGAGCAUAUGACAACCACCUCACUUGGCAGCCGGAUAUCCUUGCUUCAGUUAUGCAAUUUCAGCGCCCGGUUGGAUCAGAACUUGUGUCGGUGUCUUCAGAUGGCAACGCACUUCCGGAGAUAUUCUCCUAUCAAGAUAUUCUGUUGGCCAAGAAAGAUCCCUCGUUCAAACCCUCUCCGGUACGCACAAUAAACGAUGAGGGUGUCGUGGAGUAUCUGCGAAAAGUGGCUAUCCAAGCGGGUUUCCACGAUGCCGAUACCAGAUGGAACGCUCUUUUCCCAAGCCAGCCUCUGAUUGCCUCUGGAAUGACCUAUCUGGGCUCGUUUAGGACGGGACAGUACUCCUCGCCCAACACGACCAUGUCGUUUGUCAACGGUACUACCAAGUCUUCUUUGAACCUGGCAGUCGUCCUUAAAGACUUUGACGGCGUGAAUAACGGCGAUACAUUUUUCAAGAAAUUCUGCUCGGGACCAACUACAGCAUCCACGACCGCUACACCGACAUCCAGUGCCAGACCGACCAGUACGUCAUCCAGCUCGAGUAUUCAAACCCCAGAACCAUCACACACUGGAUAUCCCAAGCCUAUCAUCAUCAACCCCAACUUGUCUGUCGGUGGCUACUUUCUAAAUGAUACGGGCUAUGAUGACUUGGCGAUCCUGAGUAUUCCGUCUUAUGAGUCGCCCGAUGUUCAACGGUUUCAGAACGUUAUGCGUGAUUUCAUCCGCCUGGCUACCGAAGCCGGCAAAACCAAACUGAUCUUCGACAUGCGUGGUAAUGGGGGUGGCAAUGCUAUCCUUGGAUACGAUACAUUCAAACAGGUCUUUCCGCAGGCUGACCAGGAGCCUUUUGGCGGUACCAGAUACCGUGCUCAUGAAGCGCUAAAUGUAGCCGGGCAGGUCACACGAGACUUCUCUGGAAACGAAACUUACGCGCAGAAGAAUGCGACGGCGUUUGUCGAAAACUUCGGGCGUACCACACAGGAUGAUGUGUUCUUGUUCACGGUGGGCUUCAAUUUCGAACAUCAGUUGAAUGUCAAAGAGGAAAAGUUCAACAGCUGGGAGCAAAUGUUUGGCCCUGAAGUCGCAAAUGGCGACCAGUUCACCAGCACUCUUCGAUAUAACUUCUCCGAUGAGGCCAGUUACACAUAUCCAGGAUUCUCGGUGAUUGGGUUUCUCGAAAAUGCAAACGAAACAUCGACGCCACAGCCUUUUAGGGCACAAAAUAUUGUCAUGCUACACGACGGAAUGUGCUCCUCAACUUGCGCCAUCGCCUCCGAGCUGUUGAAGAAUCAGGGUGGGAUCCGUACAAUAGUUGUUGGCGGGCAGCCCCAAUUCGCUCCCAUGCAGGGCGUUGCAGGAACUAAGGGAGCUCAAAAUUUUGGAUGGGAUGACAUCCAAGUCCGCAUGCAGAUAAUCUACUUUCUUGGCAGUCCCGAACAACAAGCAGCAUGGAACGAGACGGCCCUGGGACGCACUGCAUUCGCUGAGCAGCUGUUCAAACGCAGUGCCUACUCCAGUAGCGGUAGCCCGGCCGGUGGCAUCAACCUUCGUGACAACCUUCGCGCAAAUGAUGCUUCCAAAACGCCACUCGAGUUUAUCUACGAAGCGGCGGACUGCCGCAUGUUCUACACCGCGCCUAUGAUAAACGACGUGACCGUGCUGUGGAAAGGUGUCGCUGAUCGCAUGUUCACCAGCGGUGGCAGCAACAGCACGAAAGCACAGUGCGUAGAGGGAAGCACGGGGGGUACCAGCUCUGUGUCGGGAGGGGGCCAGGCAAAGAGCGGCGAGCCUCCGCGAUCGUCGGAGCCGGCAUUGUCAAGUGUGGCGGCAUCGAUAGCCGUUGGAUCAUGUUUAUGGAAGUGGGCCGCUACGAGCGCAGUGAUGUUGGGCAUACUACAUUUCUAGUCAGGGCAUCCGGUGCCUCAUGAUUUACGACGUCUCAUAUUGGUAGGUUCUUGUCUACCGCCCGCAGCGAUUUCGCUUGCUCUUUCCAAAUUUUACAGUACAUAUUCGGAAAUGUACAUAGUAAAGCCUUGUAGAUAUGUAACCACAUUAUUUUGGCGUGCCGCCGGCGUAAAGUCAAAGCAGGCCAAACGGGCCAGAUGAACACAGAAUUGAAUCUUUUUUCUUUCCUUUUAGCGACCGUAUAAGCCCAAGCCUCGUUCUUCCCCCUCCUCUCGUGGUCGUGACCGCCCACCUUCGAACCCACUUCUCCUAGCUGAGGAAUAACGAGGGAUGAUCAAAUGCAUUGCCAGAGCAUACUCGACAUGUAUGGAUGGAUGAGCGGGCAUGAAAGGCUAAAGCCUGACCCCAGAUCUCCUUUUGAAAGUCUUCCCUCUCAAAAUGAAGACAUCUCAUAUGGUUUUCCUUGUCGUCAUCUGAAAGCGAUGCUAGC